AUGCCGAUACUAGCGAAGAACUGUAUGACGUUCUUCGUCUGCUAUAAAACGGCGAACGCGUAUUUUAUAAUCACAGUUACACAUCGUCUGUUAACUUUGACACACAAGAUGAAAUCCUUCGUUGCCAUCCUCGCCCUCGUGGCCGUUGCCGCCGCUGAUGUCUCCCACUUAGUCCGCAGCCCUGAGGCUGAUGCCCAGACCCUCCGACAGGAUGCUGAUGUUCUUCCCGACAGUUACAACUACGCUUAUGAGACCAGCAAUGGAAUCUCUGCCCAAGAGAGUGGACAACUGAAGAACGCUGGACGAGAGGAUGCGGCUAUUGAAGUCCAAGGAUCCAACCAGUACACUGCCCCUGACGGCACACCCAUCCAGAUCACCUACGUCGCCAACGAAUUCGGUUAUCAACCCCAGGGUGCUCAUCUUCCCACCACCCCAGCACCUCUGCCCAUCCCCGAUUACAUCCAGAGGGCAAUUGCCUACAUCGCCGCCAACCCACCCAAGCCUGAGCCUAGUCGCAGAUUUUAGAUUAGAUAAUUAUGUUAUAAAUUAAGUAAGCCAAAUCCAUAAACUCUUCAAAAUUAUGUAACGCCUACUAUAUUAUCUCUAGUCGCAAAUUGAAAAUAAAC